CGCAGUCAGGAGACUAAAGUUCAUUUCAAAGAUAAACUGUACCAGUCCUGAGGUAGUCUGUGAAGAAUAUAUUUCCAAGACAAAAAAAGCUAUGGCAGACACCAACAAGAUGAUCAUCAAUUUGGCUGUCUUUGGCAGGACUCAGAGUGGGAAAAGUUCUGCUGGGAAUAUUCUUUUGGGAAGUACCGACUUCUACAGCAGUCUCUCUCCAGGCUCUAUAACCAAAGAGUGCAGCCUGGGCCGAAGUUGUUACCUCCACAGCUUCAUGCGUCGAGGGGGACAAGAAAUAACCCUGCAAAUACAGGUAUUGGACACUCCAGGGUACCCACACAGCAAGCUGAGCAUGGAACAUGUAAAACAGGAAGUCAAAAAGGCCCUGGUGCAUCACUUUGGACAAGAGGGUCUCCAUCUUGCUCUGCUGGUCCAGAGAGCUGAUGUCCCUUUCUUCGGACAGGAAGCAUUUAACCCAGUCCAGUUGAUCCAGGAACUUCUGGGAGAUUCUUGGAAGAAUUACACUGCUGUUCUUUUUACCCAUGCAGAAAAAAUAGAAGGAGCAGGGAUCAGUGAAGAUGAAUAUUUGCACGAGGCUUCUGAUACCUUGUUAACUCUGCUAAAUUCUGUUCAGCAGAGGUUUUUCUUCCAAAUACUUUUGGAGUUAACUCCUACAAAUCAUCACUGCCAAGACUUAUUCAAGAACAUUCACAACUUUACAGUACAAGAAACAAGCUGUUCCACCCAGUUCCAAUCAGCUGGCACCUGAACAUGCAGCUCUGCAGAGAUUUUUUUCCGUCUUACUGUCGAAAAAUAUGCCACAAGAACACUUAUGCAAUGGAGUGAGCUGAAACAUCAACAAAUAGAUUUGGAUGAGGGAGUUCCAACCCCACAGAUGAAUUCUGAGGUAAACAAGACGUCAGUAAAGGAAGAAACCGCAAACUCCGGAGAAGGAAUAAAUGUAGAGACUGAAGAUUAACUCAAACCACGCCAAUUUCAUACAAAGCUGCUGGGCGAGAAGCUCCUAGUAUCUACACACGAGACAAGUAAUGGAAACAGAAAUGUCUAUCAUGUGGUGAACUUCACCACCAUACCCUCACAACCAUGUCAACUUCUGCCAACCACUAUCCUCAUCAUCAGAAGCCUCCAACAGUAAGAUAUCUUAUGCCAGCACACAAGAGUAUCAUGUAAAGGCUCAGCAAUCAUUAGAAUUUUUUAGCACUAUAUUUUUUAAUUCAAGUGUGCUGUAGUCCUUCUUAUAAAUAAAGCUACCCACAGUGAAAACAUAA